CUUCUUUUGAUAGGUGACAAUGAUUUUGACUUAGCAGAUGCACUUGAUACAGUUACUAAGAGACCUGCUCCAGCUACUAAAAAGCCACCAGCAGGUAAUAAUCCCAGACCUAAUCUGUAUCCUGACCUAAGGCCACAGGCAGGUGGCCAUGGAAAUGCUGAUAAUCCCAGACCUAACCUGUAUCCUGACCUAAGACCCUAUGGAAAUGAUGAAUACCGUAAUUUCAUCUAUUUAGGUUAUCUUAGUGACUCGGAUCUCAAUGAUGGAAAACCUCUACCACCAGCAGCAGAAAGGGAGCAUAUUUCAGAUCAUGGUGGGAAUACUGUGGAUUCUAGUACAACAGCUCAGAUUACAUCCCCUGUUGUGGCUGUAGUUGUCCUGCUCACUGUUGGGGUGGUAGUUGGGUAUUCUGCUUACAAGGAAAAGAGAUACUGUUUUAAACCAAGAGGUAAGAAUGACGAUGGUAAGCAUUACAUAUUUUUGUAAAUAACUACAGUAAAAGAUAUAAUGGAGGAAACAUGGAUGAAACAUGCUAGAAUAAAAGUUCAGAAGUCAGUAAUCACUUCCACUGAUGGAACAGUUUCCAUCAAUGGAACGGGGAGGGAGCAGUUUUCCUUCCCCAAGACCCUUGAGCUCUUCUCCACGAGUUGGGGCGGCACAGCAUAUGCAGGGGCGAAGCGCAGCGGGAGAUGUCCUGCCACAUGAAUGGAUGUUAUAUUUGC